CAACAUCGUGUGUCUACUUCACUCUCCCACUCCCUUUCUUUCCCCCUUUAUUUACAUCGUCCUUACUUGUACUGUCACCUUUGUGAACAUAUCUCUGGAAUAUCUCGAUAUUGACCGCGCUUCCUGACCCUUCGGAGUAAUUGCCCGCUCCCUGUUGGCAGCCAACGCACGGUUCAAGUCACCCCUCCUAGUGGCGGUUGUGACGACGUAGCCGUCUCUUAAGACUUUGUCUCAAGUUUCUUGCGACGCUAUUUCUUCCGCUGCAGUCCACUUCAUUAUGGACUCAAUGAGAUCUUUGAACACUUCAUUGCCGAAAUCGACACCCCGACCGCAGCCCCCUGAGCAGCUUCUUCAAUCGUUCAAGGCGGCUGCCCUCUCAGUCACCAACCUCUACAAGAAUGCCGUUUACGAACAAGCUCAAGCCAAGCAGGCAGGCUAUCAAGAAGCCAUUGAGGACCUAUUGCACUUUUUAGAUCGGGAAAACCUCGGGUUGGGUGAUGGAGAGGGGUGGAAGGUUCGCCAGUGGGCCACGGAACGGAGUGAUGGCAUCGGUGCCCAUAGCGACGACGACGAGGUUGAGAAACAAACCAGAGGCACAACUUCUACUGCAACUCGCAAGGCACAGCCCGAAUCUGAAUCGACACGACAGGCAUCCAAGUCAGCAUCUCCAUCAAUCGACGAGCCGAGCGCCCCGCCACCCCAGGCUUCAUCACCACCGUCCUCCCCGCCGUCGUCCGAACCUAGCACCUUCGACAGACCUACGAUCUUUACUUUCACCGCCGGACCAGCCUUCCCACCAGAGCAAGAUAUGGAUAUGCAAGCCUCGGAUAGUUCGACACCCUUGUCUCAAGACGGCGCGCCCGUCAGCGUUUCAGUACUGCCUCGAAAUGGCCGGCAGCAAACCCGUCACAACAACUUCUCACGACCCAACCCUCGAUCAUCCACUCGCGAGUCCUCCGUCGGACUUGGCUCGAAACGCAAGCUCGCAGUGCCGGAUUUCUUCGACCUGUCCGGCCUCGGGAAUCGAGACUUGUUCGGCGGCGGCAAGCGAGGCCGCUUCACCUGAAAGAAUAUUGUAUCGACGAUCAGACGAAGUUCAUAUUCCUAUGGUUACGCAGCGGUUGUUAGUACAUUGAUACUUUUGUUUUUUGUUUACCCUGGUGCAUUUGUGGGAGUAUUGCAUGCGGUCUUCAGGCCACGGUCAUUUUAUCUUUCUUUCCGUUUUCACGCUCAUCCUAUCCUCCACUGUGUUUCCUUUCUUCACAUCCACCUUCAAACACCUUUCAUUUCUCUUUCUUUUUGAUUCAUAAUCAUCGAAUCUAUAGAGGUUAACAGGUUUUGGCGAUACCCGACGAGGCAGCUCGUGUCAAUGCUAAACGUAUAAACAUUUCAUGCACUCAUUCACCAGUGACUCUUAUCAAUCAUAGAGUAGUUG